AUGAAAGGCAGAACAUGUAUCCUCACCACUCAUCACAGUCAGCUUGUUUUGCCGCAUUGUGACUAUGCAAUUGUUUUGGAUGGUGGACGAAUCAAAGGGCAGGGUACAGCAUCGGACCUUGUAAAUGCGGGCCUGAUGGAGGCAAACAUACAAGAUAUCCAAGCAAAAGAUAAUAUCGACCUUUCAGAAACUCCACAAACGACUGCUGCGCAUAGUCCAGACUCAAUGGAGGCUUCAUCAGAUGGAGAAAUUGAAGGUGAUGGUGAAACUUCAGAUCUCAGAGCCGAGCCGGAAUACACAGAAGAAAUGUCAACUGGAGCAGUCCCCCCUUCUGUGAUAAGGACAUACCUUACGUCGAUGGGAUCAUCGUGGUUUUGGAUGAUAUUAAUGUUGCUGGGUUUUGCUCUUCAACAAGUAACGUCUCUGGGAACGAACCUGUGGAUCAAGAGAUGGGCGCACGAGUUUGACAAGUUGGAACAAUUCCUGACAGCUGGACAAGACCCCAACACCGUAAAUUCGAGCUAUUGCCUGGCGAUAUACGGUUUGAUAUACCUGUCAUAUGUUCUCACCUCCUUCAUUCGUGAUCUUACGACUUUCUCUGGAGCACUCAAAGCCUCAGCCCGAAUUUUCGACAACUUCUUAGAUUCAAUUCUUCAUACCCCUCUUACUUUCUUUGACGAAGUUCCAUCUGGGCAGAUCCCAAAUCUUUUCUCCAGGGAUGUGAGUGCAAUUGAUCAAGAGGUUGCCGUUCAUUCUAUGAGCACAUUCUAUACAUUCUGUUCUCUUGCUACGAUCCUUAUUCUGAUAUCGGCUAUUGUACCCAUGUUUCUUCCCGUGGCAGCUUUCAUUUGCUUUGUCUAUUAUAUCAUCUUCAAGGUAUACAUAAACAGUGCACGAGACCUGAAACGACUUGAGGCCGUUCAGCAGUCUCCAUUAUAUCAGCAUUUUGGAGAGGCAGUUCGUGGAUAUAUCAGCAUACGAGCUUAUGGACAAGUCGCCCGGUUCACUAAAGAGAAUCAUUGCCUGAUCGACAGUUUCAAUCAACCGUAUGUCCUACUUUGGGCAGCCAAGCAGUGGUUAACCGUGCGUGUAGCAUGUCUGAGCGCAUUGAUAUCUUGGCUUACUGGCAUCUUUUUGCUUUGGCGGCUAGACCAUGGGACUGUGAACCCAGGAAUUGCUGGGUUGGUCCUUACAUACGCUGCAACCUUCCCUGAAAAUGUGCUCUGGCUGGUCCAGCUACAUACUAUUGUUCAACAGAGCUUCAACUCGGUUGACCGUGUGACUAGGCACACCAAAAUCUCAUCGGAGUCAAGCGAGUCACUUGAGGAAAGUUUGUUCGACCUUUCACCCAAGUGA